AUGUUAAAGCCUUCUGAAGCUUCUUUUCAUCCUCUCGUUGCGAGUUCUUCUUCUUCCUCUCGUCAUCAUGAUCGGAGGAUGAUAUUAUCAAGGAGAGGAGAAGCAGGGAUGGUGGUGAUGCAUCAUGAGGAGGAGGAUCCUCAGCAAGUACUGAUUCGGCAGGAGGUUCAUCAACAACAACAACAACAACGGCAUCAUGCACAUGAUGAGAGUUUAAUGGUCGGCAUAAUGAAUUCCGAGCCGAGUUUUUCAAUUAUUGGGAAUCAAACACCAAUUUAUGCAAGUAGUAGCGGAUAUACAUCUAGAGGAAAUGCAUAUCAACAACGUCAACCAACAAUUAUUUAUGAACAGAACAAUCAACCGAUGCUUGGUUAUGUUUCAAGGAGUAGUAGUGUUGGAGUAUCGCCUUCAACAAGCGGCGGUGGACGCUACAGCAAUUCAGCAAGCAACUCUGCGUUUAAGCCAACUGUUAAAAGCGCAUUCAUGUCGUCACAAUUUUCGAGUGGAAAAAGUUCAAACGUUUUACCUACUUCUUUAGAUAUUCCUAAAGUAUUAUUGAAUCCAGUUACAAAACAGAGACCUUAUAGCCUUUUACAAAUGGUCACAGUGGGCUACAGGUCUGUCACCACAAAUAUUCAUCAAAAAAUUAAUUAUGCGGCAAGUCAUUCAUUAUAUGAUAAUCGUCGGAUAUCGAAUGCGCAUUCCAGUUCGAGCAUUCCAACAGAUUUUCCAAUUGGUUAUUUUACGGACAAUGACUUGGAAGGCUCCAUUCUUUUGCCACAACACAAACACGUUCGGAUGUGGCCUCUGUUAUUUCGAAGAUUUAAAUUUGUGUCAUUACUGGGCGAAGGUCGAUUUUCGAAAGUUGUUCUUUGCGAAGAUGUAUUCAUUCCAAACAGAAAAGUUGCAAUCAAAGUAAUGAACCAAAAAGCAAACGAGAUUGGAAUUCAAGAAUCAUUACACUACUACAAAAUGCAACAACUAGGUUCUUCAAAAUCGAUAUCUAAUUUAUACUUGACAUUCUUUUUCUAUGGACAUUUUUGUUUAGUUUUUGAACUUUUAGGAGAAAAUUUACUCAUGUACAUUCAACGAUAUCAGCCCUAUACCAUGCCAAUAACCACUCUGAAAAAGCUAGCGGUGCAACUAAUUACAGGGUUAGCAUUUAUGCGAGAUCACAGCAUUAUCCAUGCUGACCUUAAACCUGAAAAUAUAUUAAUGGGAAAUGAAUCUAAGAACUCUCUAAGAAUUUCUGACUUUGGAAAUGCUCUGGAUUUUUGUGAUAAACAAUUAAUAGAAUCCAACAAGGGACAUCAAAUUCAAACAUUACUCUACAGAGCCCCUGAGAUAUUACUAGGAUUGAACUCAUUCGACUUUCAAAUUGAUGUUUGGUCGGUUGGAUGCAUACUCAUUGAAUGUUACACAGGAAAUCCUGCAUUUAACUGUUCCUCACCUGAAGAACUCUUUGAACGAAUGGUCUCUAUUCUAGGACCUGUACCAUACUCUAUUUAUUCAUCCUCUAAUUUAUUGAAACAACAACAACAUUUUGACAAGACACUUCAACCAUUUAAUUAUGCAAAAAAACAACACAAAAUUUGCAAAUAUUUGAGAUUGAAAAAGAAUGUAGAAAAUGACUUGGCAUCUUUUUUGGUUGGAUUGCUCGAAUACGAUCCUGUAAAAAGAAUGACACCUUUACAAGCAUUGUCACACCCUUUUCUUCAAUCUCUCUUUCCAUUUUCUUCCAUUUUGAAUAGUGUUUCACAACAAUUAAUUUCUUCAUUGAAGUAUGAAGAGUUGACACAGGAGAAUGAACAACAGAAACAGACCAUUGAUCAAUUAUUGAUACAAAUUCAAGAAUUGAAACAAGUUCAUAGAAAACGACAUGAAAUAUCUUCAUCAGUGCCGUCGUCAUCUGUGAUACAUUACGAAAAUGGCAACACCAUGAUAUUUGUUGAUGGAGCUCAGUCUUCGGUCAACCCUUCCAUUCCACAUCGUCAACAACAAUCUCCUCGCACUCCAUCAACAGCAAUGACAGCACCGAAUGCUGCUUCAUUCUCUUCUCCAACUACAACAACCAGUUCUAACACCGCCAGCUCUGCAACUCCCUCAACAACCGCUACUGUGGGUGUGAUGCCAACAACAUCCGUCUCAUUAUCAGUAGUCCAUUCAUAUGAACCACCAAACAAGAAAACAAAAACAGAAAACACAAUUUCAGGGCAGAAUUAUGCCUCAUUCGCAAACGUUGUUAAAAACAAAACCAAUCAUCUUGUGCAGGCACUUCCAAAAUCCUCACGAUUGAACUGUGAAAAGUGUGACAGCACGUUUUGUGAAUUCACAGAACACUCGAACUCUCAAUAUGUUGUGAAAUGUAAGAAAUGCAAACAUGUUUUUAUUAGAAACAAAAAAUAA